AAUAUUAGUGUGCAUUCAUUUUGUGUGAGAACACUUUACUCAACACGAGCUUUUUGUAAGGCUAAUGUAAAACUCGCUAACGGAAGUGAGCUGGUGUUAGCUCGCGAGCUAUUGAAGGGCGCAAUUAAAAAUCGCUCCUUACUCCCUAUAUACAUGCACUAUGUAGGGUUCAUGUUAAUAUCUUGUACAUAGUGCCCUGAAUGUCCGCUAGGAAGCUAAAUGGCAUUCAGCCAUCUAUAUUUAAAACUUAUGAAUGUAGGUGACUUCAUCCAUGUUUACGGGGCCUAUGAACAUCUUGAGAAGAUUCUUCAGGUUGAGCUGUAGCCGGUCUCAGUUUAAUUUAAUCUCAAACACUGCCCUCAAAAGAAAACACUACCUGAGAACAAACUUUGCAACGUUCUAUCAUUCGUCUGUGCUACAUUCUUCCAUUUCCUUUUGCACCCACCCUUUCGUUCUUUCUUCUCAUUCAUUCUCUCAUUUCCCUCCUUCCAUGGAUUUGAAGACAGUUCUGGAAGUUCUAGAGCAGCUUGCUCCACUCUCAUUGGCUGAAUCUUGGGAUAAUGUUGGUCUCUUGGUUGAACCGAGCAAACAGCGUCCAAUCAGGACGAUCCUCCUCACCAAUGAUCUGACUGCUGAUGUUAUGGAUGAAGCUGAAGCAAUGACAUGUGACCUCAUCAUUUCAUACCAUCCACCUCUUUUCCGGCCUUUCAAACAACUUGUUCAAAAGGACUGGAAACAGCAAUUGGCCAUCAGAGCUAUAGAAAAUGGAAUAGCUGUCUUCUCACCACAUACAUCAUGGGACAGCAUGAAAGGUGGCCUUAAUGAUUGGUUGAUAGAAGGCUUAGGUAGUGGACAAGUGUCUGUGUUAAGCCAGGCUCUCUGUAGUGCCUACCAAAAGUACAGGUUGGAGUUUACAGCCAGAAAUGAAGAGGAGCUCAAUACUAUCUUGAAGGACGUGAGGGAGACAAAAAAUAGUGAAACCUUUCAGUUCACUGUACUUAGGACUGAACAAGAGGCACAGCAUGUGAUCCUGCACUGUCCCAGCUCAGAACUAACCCCUGCUGUUCAGGCUAUAUUAGGAAAUGCCACAGCUAGCCAAACUCUCAACAUCACCCAGGCCCAGCAGCCCCCUUUACUAGGCUGCGGUCAAGGACGACAUGCUGUGUUGGAUGAGCCGAUAUCCAUAGCUGUGACACUCCAGAGAAUGAAGAAACACCUUGGUCUGCCUUACCUUAGACUGGCUGUGGGAAAUCACAAAACAUGUGAUUCUGUUGUGAAGAGUGUAGCUGUGUGUGCUGGCUCAGGAGCGUCAGUCCUGCAGGGUGUGAAAGCAGACCUUUACAUCACCGGUGAGAUGUCCCAUCACGAGGUGCUGGAUGCUGUUUCUAAAGGCACGAGUGUGAUUCUGAGUGAGCACAGUAACAGCGAGAGGGGUUUCCUCAGUGUGUUUAAGAAGCAGCUAUCUGCACAUCUACCAGACUGUGUUACUGUAAUUAUCUCCAAAAAAGACAAAGACCCGCUGCAGGUCAUGUGAUCUCAUUAUCUCAAGCUCGUCACGCUGAAGUUAUUCUGCUGAAGUAUCAUUGCACCUAUUCUGAUCAUUCACAUUGGAUUUCUAAAUUUCUGAAAUGAUUUAAAAGGAAUAAACAUGAUCAUGGUGUAACACUGGAA